AUGAUCAACGAAUGGAUCUCAAUAAUUAUGUCUAACCGAACAAUUCCACAAUUUCCACCUCAUUUUACUGUAUUAGACAGUCUUCGAGGUAUCUGUAGUGUAAUAGUGAUCAUGUAUCAUCUUUUUGAAACAUACUCAACCAGUCUUCUGGACCAGAAAUUGAACCAUGGCUAUUUAGCAGUGGACUUCUUUUUCCUUCUAUCUGGUUUUGUUCUAUCAUUUUCAUAUGAAAAGGUCAAGACGAAUUUUUCUUCAAUAGACUUUAUUAUAAAAAGAAUUAUUCGCCUUCAGCCCACACAGUUGUUUGGGACUGUAUUAGGUUUACUCACGUUUUAUUCAACAAAGAGUAAUAUCUUUCCCUUGGUGCAGCACACGUCUGUAUUUCAACUGUUUCUCGUAUUUUUCUUUUCAAGUCAAAUGAUCCCAAUUCCCCCUCAAUAUGAUAUAAGAGGGUAUCAAGAGAUGUAUCCACUUAAUGGUCCGGUGUGGACUCUAUUCUUUGAGUACAUUGGUUUAUUGAUGUUUGUGCUCAUAAUCCGCAAGUUAAAGAUACAAAUACUCUCCGUGGUAGUCUUCCUUUGUUCUGUUCUGUUGUUUGGAAUAUCACAGAACUUCGACUUCUUUGGAUUCACAACAGGAAGAAUUGACUCAAAAUACAAAUAUUCUAUUAUGGGCGGAUGGACACUGGAAUCGUCUCAUUUAUACAUCGGAUUCGUCAGAUUCUCCUUUUCGUUUCUCUUUGGUGUUCUUCUCGAAAAAGUUCAAGUCGAGAAAAAAUUCGACUUUUUCAAUUUUUCAAAAAUUGAAAAAGUCGAAAAUUCAAAAUCAAAAAUUGAAAAAGUCGAAAAAAUUCAAAAAUGUGAAAUUUUGACAAAGUCGAAAAUUGAAAAAGUCGAAAAAUUUGUUAAUGGGUAUCGACUGGAAAUAUGCUCGGUUUUAAUGGUGGGUGUAUUUUGUAUGCCAAGACUUGGUGGAGAAACGUUUGGUGCUCUUAAUGGACUUUACGACGUUUUCUGCGUGUCAGUUGUUUUUCCUUUAGUUUUGCUUCUUUCGACACAACGAGAAGGAAUGAAUGAAGGAGUCGAAAAACAUAAAGCGCAAAUAGGGUUUGAAAAAUGCGCAAAUUUCUUUGGUAAUAUAUCAUACCAAUUGUAUAGCAUCAAUUACUCGUUUAUUUAUUAUCAAAUGGCGUGGGCUGAAAAACAUAGUGAAAAUUCGGGAAUGAGCCACUUUCUGUUCGCUGUAUUGAUGUUUGUGUUGUGCACUGCAGUGUCUUAUGCGGCAUUAAAGUUGUUUGAUAUACCAAUGAGAAAAAGGUUAGUUGAUGUGUACUUGGAAGUUUGUGGGGAAAUAGCCAAAGCAGAAAAACAGUAA